AUGAAUGAUUUAGCGCUCUUUGGUCUCCGAAAAUCCAUCUCUGAAUCAGAGCCGAACUUUGCUGGCCAUGGUCAUCUAGGCAUGGAACAGUCAGAGAAAUUCAUUCCUGGGCGAUCAUUCGACGAAGCCAACUUUGACGAUGAACACUUUGCUAAUUAUGAUCCUUACGUUGACGGAAGGUACCCUGCCGAAGCUGACCGCUUCUUCGACCCAGAUCGAUACCCUGCCAAAGGUCAUUACGGGGCAAAGUAUGAUGAUUCAUACGAGCCAUAUGCACCGUAUGACUAUAACUAUGAUUCACGCGGUCCAUACCCAGGAGGUCUGAGCAGCAAUCCGUAUCAUUCUUCGUCGCCUUGCUCAAACCUUCCUGGUGGAUUGACUCGAAUGGCUACAGGUGUCGACAUCACCAAGUUGGAACUCUUUAACAUCGAAUCAAAUCAACCCGGAGGUUUCAAGGGUCCCAUUAUAGACUUCUCGUGCGAAGAGGGUAAAAUGUGGACCAACUCCUAUAAUUCCAUAACUUACCAGGUUCCCAAUGAGAUCUGGAAGAUUGACAACGUUCCAGGGGAGUCUAUCAACCGUGUUUCCAUUGUGUUUCGGUCGUAUGAGGAAAAUAAACAGUAUCUUUUAGAAAUGACUGGUCUGGAGGAGAAAAAUGGAAUGUUUUCUCUGAGCAAAAGUUUCAGCGAGCUUACCAAAGCAGUUGAGCUAGACUCUAAAAUGAUCGUCGAUGUCACUUCUCACCUGUUCAACACGGAAAUUAUGAUGGAACCGCAUCAGACAAUUCCACUGGGAUUCCAUGUCGAGAGCUUCUUGGCAACUCUUGCUGACGAUUACGAAGACGAGCCAGAAGGGUAUGAAGAGUUCAUAGAGACGUUCGGAACCCAUUACUACUCCUCCGCAACCGUCGGACCCUUCAUCCGAAAUCAGUUCUCAGUUUCGGAAAAGUAUUACUUGGAACACAAUGAGGCAAACAUCAAGCAAGAGAGUUUGAAUUGGUUCACGAACUGGUAUGAUUCUCAUGCUAAUAAAAAGACGACUAAACUGAACAUCGAUAAGAAUUUCGAAGCGAGUACAGUUUCAAGAGCGGAGAUUUACGGAGGACAGAGUGAAAUCUUUGAAGACAAAGGAGUGGACGGCUGGUUGGAAACAGCGGUUGAUGUGCCCACAAUUUUCAAAGGAAAACUAACACCAAUUUCCAACCUGGUUGACGACCCAAGGAUCAAAGCGUCCAUGGAACGGGCUGUUCAAAUUCACCUGGACCGCGCAUUUUUAACUGAACUAAGAGAGGGUCUGUAA